CCGUGCCCAGCCAAAACAAAAACUUUGAGGAAAUAAGUAGCUUACUUUAAAGUCACAGUGGGAUGUUGUGAAGAGUAGGCAUGCAAUAAAUACUACUGACAAAGACACCUGCUUCUGCAAAUUCCCUCUCAGAUAUGUUGAGGCAGCUGAGGGAUUUAUACCAAGGCAUGAAACUGCUUUCCUUCAUCUCUUAAGUAAAAGUAUACGGCUGGCUGGGAGUUGGGAGUCCAUAAGGUUCAGGCCACUUUCAUGCUGUGUGACCUUGGGCCAGCCACCAGUCCUUGCUGGGUUUUUUUCUUCAUCUAUAGAAUGCCAUGGUAGACCAGGUGCACCGGUUUGACAUGGAGCAAGUCUGGACCAGGAAGGAAGCCAGUUGGGUCUUGGCCCUAAGCACCACUGUGCAUGGGGCUGAGGAUCCAAGAAUGGAGGCCUCCCAUUUAGACCCCAAGCUGUCCCAACCGGCUCAUUUCUCCUGUAGCCUGCAUCCCACCACAGGCCUGGCUGGCCUCUGAGGUCUUGUUAAAAUGCUGGGCCUCGGAGACCCUCUCUGGCAGCUCCCUUUCCAUUAGGGCACCUUCUCCAGGGAGCUUUCCCUGACCUCCAGGACAGCGCGUGGCAAGUGCUGCCCACAGCACCGGCUGUCCCACACAAUUCCAACCUUCCUCUAACCUUCUGUAUCUGAUCAUCCACUAUUAAUUGGUCUUCACAUUUGUAUAACAUUUUUCAAUUACAAAGCACUUUUGCGGCCAUUCAUCUCUUUGAGUGGCAGCCUAAGCUGCUAUUUAUUGACACUUCCUGUGUGCCAGGCCCUUGGCUGGCCUCUUUCCAUGCAUUAUCAUGCAAUUCUCAGAGCAAUUCUGUGAAAUCCACAUUUACAGAUGAGAAAAUUGGGACUCAAGCAAGCCAGAUAUGUAGCCCUAUUACACAGAGAUUUGAACGAAGGCCCAUGAAAUAAUCUGGGUCAUCCCUAACAACAGCUUCUGAAGCUUUCAUAUGUGCCUAAAUCACGGGACCUGGUUAAAAAUCAGCUUCUCAUUCCACUGGUCUUGAGUGGGGCCCAAGAUUCUGCAUUUCUGACAGGCCCCCAGGUGAUGCCGAUGCUGUCUCUUGAAGAACCGCACUUUGAGAAGCAAGGCCCUGAAUCACUGGGCAAUUUGAGACCCCAGGCUGGCAAGGCUGUUUCCUUAUCUGUCAGAUGGGUGAAGUAGCCCUGGCUUACAUAGAUGGAAUGACUCCCGGAUGAUAUAGUGCCGCGAAAUGCCUGGCACACAAUAGGCGCUCAAUAAAUGCUAGCUCUUCUCCUUCGAUAGGAGCUGGCAUGAGUCUGGGUACACAACAGAUGCUCAAUAAAGCCUUGUCCAAUGGAUUGAGCCUAGCACUUUUCCCGAAGGCAGAGAAUGAACUGUAUUAUGUUUCCCCUUGGAAUGAAGCCAAACUCAAUAUUAAUUUCUUUCUUGAACCACGGAGUUUCAAAAAGAAAUAAAGGCAAACUAGAGUGAUUGCAGUCUGAAGCGAGCCUCUGUAAUUUCUGUAAUUACAGAACGAGAGCAAAGCAAAGCAGGCGUGAGCACAGCCUCAUGGAGGGAGUGGGGUGGGGGUGGGGGGAGGGGAAGAGCAGGCCCUACUCCCAGACCCACUGCUCCCCCUCCUCGCUUCCCUGGCUUUUCAGGGCUCCCCACUCACUCCAUGGCAGGGCCAUGGCCUGGGACAAUGGCAGCCCUGAGACUCCAGCCCUGGCCUCUGGGUCUCUGCCUAGGUCCCCACCCCACGCAGCCGCCUGUCCCUCUGAUGCAGUGGGACAGAGGGAGAUUGUCCAAGGCGGCUUCCACACACUUCCCUCCCCCUUGCCUGCCAUCUGGUCCAGGCCUGGGCUGCUCACAGCCAAUCAUCCAGCAAGGCCCAUGGCCCACGGGCCCCACCUCCAGAAUAGAUCCUGGGUGUCGGUGACACUUCCCCCCACUUCUGUCCAUCCAGCCACCCCCAUGUAAGCCGCCAUCAUCUCUCUGGACUGGCAGCCUCUGAUCAUGUCUCCCUGCUUCCCCCUUGCCCCUAUGCAGCCUUUUCUGGGCAGCCAGAGGGAGACGCUUAAACUAACCAUAAGUCAGAUCUCCCCCACCACUUCAACCCCCACUUCCUCCCAUCCCACUUAGAAUGAAACCUGAAUCCUUGCUGUGACCUCUGAGACCUGUGUGACCUGGCCCCUGCCCACCACCUCUGCCUGAAUCCAUUUCCUCUCACACUGGACUCCGAACACCUUGGCCACCUUGGUGUCUUUCAAAAGUGCCAGGCUCAUUCCUGCCUCAGGGCCUUUGCACUUGCUGCUCCCUCUGUUUGAAAUACUGUAUCCCAGAGAGUCCCAUUUCUGGCUCCUAAUUCAGACUGAAAUUUUUUUUUUUUUUUUUUUUUGCUCAGGCCAAAUAAAACAAGCCCAAGGGCCAGUUUUGACCCAUUUUGCCACUUCUGAUGUAAGGCUUCCAAACUGUACAUGUUUUCUUUCCCUUACAAAGCAUCUUGUCAUUCAGAGAUUGGCAGAGGAAUUCUUUGUGCUUGGUUUGGCCCCAUUUUUAUCAAUGGCUUUAACACUUGGUCACAGAGCAUACACUGAGGAAGGAUGGGAUAUCCUGGGAACGUUUUACCAUCUUCCUGCCUGGAGUGUCUUUCACUAACUCCGUCCUUCCCAGAGGCCCCAUGAGCGAGUCAUCUUCUGGUUUACGAAUCUGAUCCCAUUAUCAGCCCUGCCCCAUCCCUGCAGCUAGUCCCCAAGUUCCUUAGCCCAGUGUCCAAGACCCUUCAUAUACUGACCUUCCUAGCUUCACACUGUAUACUUUAGUACAUGUGUUUCCCUCCACUUGGAACACCUUUUCUCUCUUUUUAAACCUGAUGAACACCUAUUCAACCUUCAAAGCCUUGCUCAAAUGACCCCUCACCUAGGAUACUUUCUCUGGCUGUAUUAAUGCAUUUCUUCUAGGCCUACCGUGUCUUAUUCUUACACCUCUUGCAGCACUUAUCACAGGGUAUUAUAAUCAGCUAUAGGCAGAACUAUUUCUCCUUCUAGGCCAUGACCUUGACAAGGGCAAGGGUCUUGUCUUAUUAAAUUCUCACACCCUGAGUGUCCACCCCAGCUCCAUGCACAUAAGAGGCCUCAGUAAGUAUUUACAGAAAUGAAUCUUUCUGCUGGAACCUGUUAGUUCACUGAUUCGGAUUCUGGUGACCAGGGUGUAGUUCAGAAUACAAAAGGCUUGAAGAGAUGGCUCCAUUGUCGUUUCAGCACAUAGCAUGUGCUCAGUAAAUACUUGCAGAAUGAAUGUGUUAGUGAGUGAGUACAGAGGACCUGACCUGUCAUCACUGGUGGUCUCACAUUAAUAGUGCCCUUUGAACGUGGCUUUGGUGGAAUUAAGUUAAUCAUGGUAUAGUAUGCACCUGAAGGAAUGUGGAGCCGGAUUCUAGGUCUGCAGAAUGUUGUCACCUGAUGAAGAAGAACUGGAAGACGCUGGAAGAAGGCUUUGGAAAAAUGCCCAGAUCAUGAGAAGGUGAGAGGUGUUUCUUCUGCCUGCUCCACCAGCAGGUAAAGGAGGCUGAUCACAGGCUGGCACUCAGGGCGAGGUGGAAGAAACGCGUGGUCUUGCCACUACAGACCCACAGAGCUGUCCUCCAACAUGAUCCAAGAGAGCCACAAAACACAGGGGUGUGUCUUGGGAAAGGAAAAGUAACAACUUGCAAAAAGGUUGGUUCUCCUUCAGAGAAAUGUUCUAGAAAGACAGCCAAGUUACCCUGCCGUGAACUCACACACACCUGUGCUUUCUGCAUGUUAUUUUUCAUAGGAGAGGGAAGUGCCAGGAAUUAAAAUUGCCGAAGCACUAUUCCCCAGGUGUGUGGGUGAGGCACGCUUCCUGGGACCACUCCGUUUAAGCAUUGGGUCCCAGGCAUGUUCACUAGGAGGAGGCUCUUUAUCAAUUUCCUCCCAUGGACCAGAUGAUUGAGAUUUUUUUUUCUACCAGACUUUAUUAUAGAAUAAUUACUUUUGUAUUAACUAAACAAACAAAUGUACCACUCCCAGCUUCUGACUGGCCCAAGGUGCUGAGCUAGACCUCUUUGCUUUGGUACAAAGAGAGCCCAAAGCCAAGAGACUUGACAUUUCUGUUAGCUGGUAUUCCCCAGGGGGACUAAAAGGAUGAUUUCCAUUGGAGUUUUUAAAAUGCUGAAGACACUGAAAGGCCUGAAUAGUAAGCCCUUAAUAAACGUUAUUCGGUAUUAUUAUUGUUGUUGUUGUAGCCUUCUGGGAAGUUGUGAAUGCCAGAUUAAGAACAAUGGACCCAUACCCAGAUGGUGGCGAUUGCAGUGAUAACAAUGGCUGAGAUUUCCUAAGCCCUAACUAUGUGCCAGGCAUAGUUGUACAUGCUUUACACACAGGAUCUCAUUUAAUCAUCACCAUAACACUCGGAAGGAGGUAUUAUUAUCUUCCCAUUUUAUAGAUGAGGGUCAGAGAGGUGAAGUAACUCACCCAGCAUUAGUAGGUGUUGGAGGAAGCCAAGGUCUGUCUGACUCAGCACCAGGGUGGCUUUGCUGCUGUGUAAGUCAAAGAGCCUUCUCAGUUCUAAAUCCUCAAAGAAGUAUGAGUUAUAUCAAUUCAUGGCUUUACUUUGUUUAUCUUCAUAUGUGCCACAUCUUCUAAAAAGAAAACUCCAAAUAUAGUCAUGUGGCUCCUCCUAGGGAAUUAUAGGCAUUUGGCUGAAUCUGAAUACAUAUCCCCGUAUUCCAGAAAUUGGAAAUCACAUGUAUGUCUUCUUUAUGGUGAGGUCUUCAGAGCAGCCACCAUCUCUGAUCGUUCAGGGCUUGGCAUGAGGAGGUGCUCAAUAUAGUCAUGGAGAAGAACUCAUGGACUGAACUUCCUGGUGAACCAGAGGAAUGGUGCAGAGAUUUAAGAUUGCAACAGGAACCCCCAAGCCAAUGAUCUCACCCAGGGUGGCAGAAGGAGCCCUUCUGGAGCUGACCCACCCCCGACGACCAUCAGGGUGAGGCAACUCCAAGGUCCUACUCUCUUUCUGUGCCUGUCACCCACCCCGUCCUCCUAGGGUGCCCUUGAGCCGCAAAACUGCUGUCCACGUGGACCGGGGCUGACAUCGCACGUCCAUCUGCCAGGACCCCUGCGUCCAAAUUCAGAGACAUGGCGACCAACGGCAGCAAGGUGGCCGAUGGGCAGAUCUCCACCGAGGUCAGCGAGGCCCCUGUGGCCAAUGACAAGCCCAAAACGUUGGUGGUCAAGGUGCAGAAGAAGGCGGCAGACCUCCCCGACCGGGACACGUGGAAGGGCCGCUUCGACUUCCUCAUGUCCUGUGUGGGCUAUGCCAUCGGCCUGGGCAACGUCUGGAGGUUCCCCUAUCUCUGCGGGAAAAAUGGUGGGGGAGCCUUCCUGAUCCCCUACUUCCUGACACUCAUCUUUGCGGGGGUCCCACUCUUCCUUCUGGAGUGCUCCCUGGGCCAGUACACCUCCAUCGGGGGGCUAGGGGUAUGGAAGCUGGCUCCUAUGUUCAAGGGCGUGGGCCUUGCGGCUGCUGUGCUAUCAUUCUGGCUGAACAUCUACUACAUCGUCAUCAUCUCCUGGGCCAUUUACUACCUGUACAAUUCCUUCACCACGACACUGCCGUGGAAACAGUGCGACAACCCCUGGAACACAGACCGCUGCUUCUCCAACUACAGCAUGGUCAACACCACCAACAUGACCAGUGCCGUGGUGGAGUUCUGGGAGCGCAACAUGCAUCAGAUGACGGACGGGCUGGAUAAGCCAGGUCAGAUCCGCUGGCCACUGGCCAUCACGCUGGCCAUCGCCUGGAUCCUUGUGUAUUUCUGUAUCUGGAAGGGUGUCGGCUGGACUGGAAAGGUGGUCUAUUUCUCAGCCACAUACCCCUACAUCAUGCUGAUCAUCCUGUUCUUCCGUGGAGUGACGCUGCCCGGGGCCAAGGAGGGCAUCCUCUUCUACAUCACACCCAACUUCCGCAAGCUGUCCGACUCCGAGGUGUGGUUGGAUGCAGCAACCCAGAUCUUCUUCUCAUACGGGCUGGGCCUGGGGUCCCUGAUCGCUCUCGGGAGCUACAACUCUUUCCACAACAACGUCUACAGGGACUCCAUCAUCGUCUGCUGCAUCAAUUCGUGCACCAGCAUGUUUGCAGGAUUCGUCAUCUUCUCCAUCGUGGGCUUCAUGGCCCAUGUCACCAAGAGGUCCAUUGCUGAUGUGGCGGCCUCAGGCCCAGGGCUGGCGUUCCUGGCAUACCCAGAGGCGGUGACCCAGCUGCCUAUCUCCCCACUCUGGGCCAUCCUUUUCUUCUCCAUGCUGCUGAUGCUGGGCAUUGACAGCCAGUUCUGCACUGUGGAGGGCUUCAUCACAGCCCUGGUGGAUGAGUACCCCAGGCUCCUCCGCAACCGCAGAGAGCUCUUCAUUGCUGCUGUCUGCAUCAUCUCCUACCUGAUCGGCCUCUCUAACAUCACUCAGGGGGGUAUUUAUGUCUUCAAACUCUUUGACUACUACUCUGCCAGUGGCAUGAGCCUGCUGUUCCUCGUGUUCUUUGAAUGUGUCUCUAUUUCCUGGUUUUACGGUGUCAACCGAUUCUAUGACAAUAUUCAAGAGAUGGUUGGAUCCAGGCCCUGCAUCUGGUGGAAACUCUGCUGGUCUUUCUUUACACCAAUCAUUGUGGCGGGCGUGUUCAUUUUCAGUGCUGUGCAGAUGACGCCACUCACCAUGGGAAACUAUGUUUUCCCCAAGUGGGGCCAGGGUGUGGGCUGGCUGAUGGCUCUGUCUUCCAUGGUCCUCAUCCCCGGGUACAUGGCCUACAUGUUCCUCACCUUAAAGGGCUCCCUGAAGCAGCGCAUCCAAGUCAUGGUCCAGCCCAGCGAAGACAUCGUUCGCCCAGAGAAUGGUCCUGAGCAGCCCCAGGCCGGCAGCUCCACCAGCAAGGAGGCCUACAUCUAGGGUGGGGGCCACUCACCGACCCGACACUCUCACCCCCCGACCUGGCUGAGUGCGACCACCACUUGAUGUCUGAGGAUACCUUCCAUCUCAACCUACCUCGAGUGGCGAGUCCAGACACCAUCACCAUGCAGAGAGGGGAGGUGGGAGGACAGUUAGACCCCUGGGUGGGCCCUGCCAUGGGCAAGAAUACCUGGUGGCUUCUGGCACCUGGCGGGCUGGUGACCUUUUUAAUCCAGGCCCCAUCAGCAUCCCACGAUCGGCCUUGGUAACCGCCGCGGUAGAUCAUUUUUAUCCCGCCAGGGAGUGUGAUGC